UGUAGUUGCCGGGUGCUGGAGGUCGGGCAUGCCCAUGAAACAUCCACUGCGAAAUGCUAUGCAACCGCCUAAAAGAGUGUGAUUAACAUUAAAUAACAGCGACAUGUGCCUCAAACUACUCUUUAAAUUGCUCUCGCUCACGAGCUGAUUAGUCACGAGUUGAAUAGAAGCGCGUGGGAAACACCGAGGAGCUCCGAAAACUGUCCGUCCGUUUUGUCCUACAAAGGCGCCGAGAGUUUGACAGCGGCAGGACCUCACUGCGCAGGCCUGACGUUAGGUAAACUGCCGGAGGAGGACGGCAUCCAAAAGGACUCCAUGAGACAAUAAAGUCUGUCCUUUCUGCAGAGGGAAGCGAGUGAAAACAUGAGGAAGGACGUGAGGAUACUUCUUGUUGGGGAACCCAAGGUGGGGAAGACAUCACUGAUAAUGUCUCUGGUCAGUGAGGAGUUUCCUGAUGAGGUUCCUCUCCGAGCUGAAGAGAUCACCAUCCCAGCUGAUGUCACCCCGGAGAGGGUGCCCACACACAUCGUUGACUACUCAGAGGCAGAACAGUCAGAUGAGCAGCUGUACCAAGAAAUAUCAAAGGCAAAUGUUAUCUGCAUAGUUUAUUCAGUCAACAACAAGAAGUCCAUUGAAAAGGUGACAAGCCACUGGAUUCCUCUCAUCAGUGACAGAACGGACAAAGAUAGCAGGGUGCCAUUGAUCCUUGUGGGCAACAAGUCAGACCUGGUGGAACACAGCAGCAUGGAGACCAUCCUGCCAAUCAUGAAUCAAUACCAGGAUAUCGAGACUUGUGUGGAGUGCUCUGCCAAAAACCUGAAGAACAUCUCUGAGUUGUUCUACUACGCCCAGAAGGCUGUUCUCCACCCAACAGGACCCCUGUACUGCCCAGAGGAGAAGGAGCUGAAGCCCUCCUGCAUUAAGGCUUUAACUAGAAUCUUUAAAGUGUCUGACCUGGACAACGACGGCAUCCUUAAUGACAACGAGCUCAACUUCUUUCAGAGAACGUGUUUCAAUACACCGCUGGCGCCUCAGGCCUUAGAGGAUGUAAAGAAUGUUGUCAGGAGGAACAUGACCGAUGGAGUCAAGGACAACGGACUCACACUCAAAGGCUUCUUGUUCUUGCACACCCUCUUCAUACAGCGAGGCAGACAUGAGACCACCUGGACUGUGCUGAGGAGGUUCGGAUAUGACGAUGACCUGGAGCUCACACAGGAAUACCUGUUCCCCAUGAUAAAGAUCCCCCCGGACUGCACCACAGAGCUUAACCACAAUGCAUACCUCUUCCUCCAGAGUGUCUUUGACAAACACGACAAAGACAGAGACUGUGCGCUGUCGCCAGAGGAGGUGAAGGACUUGUUCAAAGUGUUUCCCUACAUGCCCUGGGGUCCGGAUGUGAACCACACGGUCUGUACCAACGAACAGGGAUGGAUCACAUACCAGGGCUACCUCUCCCAGUGGACGUUAACAACAUAUCUAGAUGUACAGCGUAGUUUGGAGUACUUGGGUUACCUUGGCUACUCUAUCAUCUAUGAACAGGAGUCCCAAGCUGCUGCCAUCACAGUGACACGGAACAAGCGCAUUGAUCUUCAGAAGAAACAGACCCAGCGCAGCGUCUUCCGCUGCAAUGUCUUGGGGGCCCGGGGCAGUGGGAAGAGCGGCUUUCUUCAAGCUUUCCUGGGCAAGAACCUGCAGAAACAGAGGCGGAUCAGAGAAGACCACAAGUCCUUCUACGCCAUCAGCACGACCUAUGUUUAUGGUCAGGAGAAGUACCUGCUGCUCCAUGAGGUGAUGCCAGAUUUUGACUUCCUGUCAGAGGCGGAUCUAGCCUGUGACGUGGUCUGCCUGGUGUACGACGUCAACAACCCACGCUCUUUUGAAUACUGCGCCAAAGUGUACAAGCAAUACUUCAUAGAUAGCAAGACGCCAUGUGUGGUCAUCGCCUGCAAGUCGGACCUGCACGAAGUACGGCAGCACUACAGCCUCUCACCGCACGAGUUCUGCCGUAAACACAAGCUCCACCCGCCCCAGCCGUUCACAUGCAGCACGGUCGAGGCACCCAACAAAGACAUCUACACUAGACUCACCACCAUGGCCAUGUACCCAGCGGGUCACAGAGAGGCUCCUUUUUCACCCAAGCUCUCUAACGCUGGUGAUGGUGACAGCUCCUCUGCUUUCCUCCAGUGCUCCCCGUGCUCCAGCCAGCCCACCUGCUCUCUGUACAGUUUGACACAGCGAAGUGUGACCACACUGUGCCAGCUAACACACAGGCUGCGAGCCAGGUGUUCAUACACAUGUUUUUGGCUGCCCCUCUUCCUCCUCCUCUUGCACGUGUUCACCCUCUGCUAAUCUUUCUGCUGUUGUGUUGCAUGGCUCACCUGUUCUCUACCUCUCUGGAUAACCAAAGACAUGCCUCGGUCCUGAGCUGGGAAGAGGUUUCUCAUCUGUCGACAGUGAAGAGAGCUUGGUGUUUUGAAUAAGAUGGGGAAGGGGGGUUUAGUGAAUGCAGGAUUUAAAUGGCUGUGGAUGGUGUUGGACUCGGCAGAGGUGUGUUGUUGUGUGUUUGCAGAUUUUUUCUAUAUUAGCCCAACGAAAUGUAGGGCUUCUGGUUGGGCGUUCAUGGACCUAGGCAGAGCUGUAACGUUGCAUCCAGCACUAACCCUUUGUCUUGAUACGUUUUUAAUCUCUGGGAGUUGCUGACACUAUUAAUAGCAUGACACUUAAUGGGCCAGCCAUGGCAGUGCAAGGGACAGACACACCACAUUGAAUGCCCAGCGUGUUUUCCCAAAAGUGGGUUGGGCUGACUGGGUUAGAUGAUAUUGUUUUAAUUUUAUAUGGUAUGACAAUUUAAUCUAAGUCAUCAUGCAUAGUGUACAAUAUUAAAUUAACAUCUUAGGUCACCAAAUUGCAAGCACUCAGUGUCAUUUCAGAGGGAAUAAACUAUUUUGAGUCUGCAAACGGAUCUAAAUUGCCAAUCAAAAGAAUUAAGUUAAACAUGCAAUGUUUGCAAAAUAUGUAAGGGCAUUAGCAAAAGAGAAAAGCAGAAGAAAAACUGACAGACUAAAUAAAAAUAAAAAUAAAUAAAUUUCCAAAGAAAUUCACACUGGACAGAAAGGGAAAUGACAUCUUCUAAAAUCUGUUUUCAGCAUCUCCGGUCUGUCUGCCAUGUGGUGUGUACAGUCUGUAUGUGAUGUGUGUGUGUGUGUGUGACUUUUUUGUCAGUGUUUGAAGUGUGCGGUGGCAUUUGAUGAUGUAUGCCGUCAUAGUUGAGCUCGUGCUUCAAAGGUUUGGGUGGUGAUUCUAGCUCCUUACUUUGCGGUCUGGGUAGAGCUGGGUGAUAUGAAUUAAAUCAGACGUCGCUUUAUUUUCAAGCGCUAACGUACAGUAAUUUCGAUGUAACUGUUGAUACUUAAAAAUACAUAAUCUGAACUAGUUAAAUGUCUCCUGCCUAAAAGAUUCAUAAAUAAUGUUUUUAUUUUUAAAAAAAAAGAUAAAUAAUGUGGCCAAAAUAGUGAAUCAGUUGAAUCUCAUUCAUACAAAAUUAAGAUGAUAUGUAGCCUUAGAGCAAAGUGUCAGUUUUAUAUUUGAUGGUGUCUCCCUGCUCUGAGAUUGAAUAUUUAAAAUAAAUAAAUAAAUUCUAGUAUGUUUUUGACCUUGAUGUUCAUACUGAGAAUAUAUUUUAAAAUUAAAAUAUUUUUAUAGUUAUAUUAGAAUAUUAUUAAUUAUUUAAUUUGAUUAUUAAUUUAUUUUAAAUAUUUAAAAUAUUUUAAAAAAGGAGAAAAAAUAGUCUGUUACUUAUGUUGACGAAGAUAUAGUAAAAAAAAAAAUCAAGUGCAGGCAUUCAAAAAUUAUUUCAGCAGUCAUAUAAUUUCAGUGUAAAAAGGCUAAGACAACAUUUUAUAUGUUAAAAUAUGACAAAUCUCACAUAGUAUGUUGUGUCACAUAAUGAUGUCAGUAUUAGAGCUAAUUUAUUGGUCAGUCCGAAGAAAAGAUCUGCAGCAAUUUUGAUAAUUGUCUCAUUGUUCAAGUAAUUUUUUAUACAAAUAGAUAUGCAGAAAAUUCAGAUUUAAUCUUAAAUGUAAAUGCUGGUUUUCGUGUAGUCCGCCUUGAUAAUAAAAUAAAUAAAAUAUUUGUAGUGUUAAGACCUUUGGUUGGGUGAAAUAAAAAUGUUACCUCACGUUCUGAAAACUUUUCAUGUACUAAAUGAAUAAUUCUUUAAUCAAGAAAGUAACUGUCGGAUGAAGGGCAGGGUCAAUAUUAUAUUCAUAGUAUUAUAUUACAGUAUCUCCCAGCACUACCUACUGUAUCUGAGUCUUUGUGUGUGAGCACGCACCAGUCAACCGUGUGACUGGGUGUGUGUGUGUGUGUGUGUGUGUGGAAGGCUGCUGGGCUGGGUGGAGGCUGUGGGGGUUUACCUGCUGUCAGAGGAGGAUUUCAGCCUGACGCAGGAGGUUUCACCCGUAUCCAACGUGGAGGGGUCCAUCUUUAUGGAGGCCUCUGCUGAGCAGCCAGUUCCCC